UCGGGAACUAAUGGGGCUGUUGAACUAUGGAUAGCUGUGACAGACAUGCACUUUCAAGUUAUGUAUCUCAUGGUUGGCCAAAUUUCUUUCCCAGUUAAUUGAGUCCUACACAAAACUUCAGGAAAAUAAAGAAAUCUUUCCUAAUGUACGUUCAAGUUUGACCGGUUUGUAGAGUUUCACUUCUGGUAAUACAGGAUUUAACAAAAGAUUCCCCGAAGAAGGAACUGGUGGUAUUCAACAACACCCGUUGGUAAAAGACAAAUGAAAAUCGAAGCCAAGAAAAACCUGCAUUUUUUAACAACUGAAAGACGUCUUGACGAACCAGAACAUCACAAGGAGACACAUUGCGUGGUUCGGGUGUCAAUCAAUUGACCGUUUAAAAAAAUGUCCGAUCAAGAUAUGUAAAUCAUAUGACGUUUUUUGUCACUAAGGGACAUUAGUUUUCUCAAGGCUCCCACUGAAGGUUAAAGAUAAAAUGACUGCCCAGGGAUUAAGUCCACAAAUGGAAAUGGUUAAACGCUUUCAAUCUCGACCAGCUUGGCAAAGCUUGUUGACUGUAUUUAUUGCUUCAGGAAUGACGCUAGUGGUUCUGUUCAAGCUCUGGAGUAUUCAUGGACGAAGGACACUCGAUAUCCCAGAAACAUCGGUACUUGUGCACGAUCAGCGAGGAUCAGGUGUUUAUCUCACAUUAAAGCUCAAAUGCUACUAUUGUGAUGAAGAAGACUAUGGACCAGUAUGGGCAAAUCUAAUGAAAGACAAGUCCUGCCAAGACGCCAUCACGUCACAGUGCUACGUCAAUCAAACUACUUCAGACAGGAAAACCACUCAAGUGCUACGACUUAUGCGAUCGUGUACACGCAAAUGCACGUGUGCUGAUGACGAGGGGUGGUGUAAACCACGUGCUUGUCCUACAAGUGUGCAAUGCUGUUGGGGGAAUGUAUAUUGUAGCGACAAUGCUCGAGAAGAAUCGAAAGUUCGGUCUCGAAUCGACCAUCACUAGAUAAAGAGUAUACAUCUAUUAAUAUAUAUAAUAUUCAAGAGGUCGUAGAAGCCAAACGAGAGCUAGCCGAUCAGAUUUAUGAUGUAUGCCUUCUGGGCGUGAUAAUAAUUUUUUUUUUCCAAUUCUCAUGGUGCACACGUAAAAACUUAGAAUGAUCGAACAUUCCCACUAACAUUGGAAUUUUUUUUUUAUUCCUUAGACUUCUAGAAUUUUAACAAAAUACUAGGCCAUACCUUUCACUCCAAAGUAAAUUUUAGCGAAAUAAACGUUUUUAGAUUAGACGUUAAAAAAAGCUCAAGGUAAUUUAUUCUACUUCGAUGCGCGGGAAGUGGUUGCCCUAAUCUCCCGAGCAAGGGCUCAUGUUAAUGGGCUCGAUAGAUAUUGAACCUAGCACAUUUUAUAUGUAAUUGUUAUUUUUAUCUAAUAAACUAAAAAAGAUAUUGUUUGUAAUAUUCUAA